UCCCCAUAAAUAUAUAUUCCGUACAUUCUUCUUCUAUAAAAACAAUUUCACUAUUCUAUCUUGAAUAUCUUUUGUGGUCUUCAUUUGGAUUUCAAAAAUUCCAAGUUCUGAUUUAUAAUUUGUAUAUGAUCAACACUCUCAUGUUUGAAGUUAUAUCUAUAAUUCUAGUCAUCCUCUUUUCCUUCUUAUUCAUUUAUUAUAAAAUCACUAAAAACAUUGUUAGUACUCCACCUCAAGCAAGUGGCGCAUGGCCUAUAAUAGGACACUUAAAACUUUUUGGUGAUUCAACUAAUCUUCCUCAUGUAGCCUUGGCAUCCAUGGCUGACCGAUAUGGCCCGAUCUUCGUGGCCCGGCUUGGCAUACGUAGAGUUUUAGUGGUGAGCAGCUCGGAUAUAGCCAAGGAAAUCUUCACAACCCAUGAUGUAAUUGUUUCCAACCGUCCCAAAUACCUUGCCGCGAAGAUUAUGGGACUCAACUAUGCUUCUUUUUCAUUCACUCCAUACGGACCUUAUUGGCGUGGAAUACGUAAAAUAGUCUCUUUAGAGGUGUUGUCUAGUAGUCGGCUCGAGAAGCUUAAGUAUGUUAGAGAUUUUGAGCUAGAAAACUCUAUUAAAAGCAUAUAUGAGCUAUGGAAGGAGAAGAGAGAUGGAAAGGGGAAAGUGUUGGUGGAGAUGAGGAAAUGGUUUUGGGAUUUGAGUAUGAAUAUAAUGCUUAGAAUCGUGGCUGGAAAACGGUACACUGGAGGUGUUGAUAGUGAAUUAUUAAGACAAUGGUUUCAUUACACGGGACGAUUUGUGUUGGCAGAUGCUUUUCCUUUUCUAGGUUGGUUAGAUUUAGGUGGUGUUGAGAAGUCCAUGAAAAGAGUUGCCUUUGAACUCGAUUCCAUGGUCACGAUAUGGUUAGAUGAGCAUCGAAAGAGAAGGGCUUCUUCUAGUGAGUCUACAAAGGAAAAUGACUUCAUCGAUGUGAUGAUGUUGGCAUUAGAAGAUCAGAAAUUGGAAGGUUAUGAUGCGGAUACCGCUAUCAAAGCCACCUCCAUGACCCUUAUCAUGGGAGGCGUAGAUACAAUUACUGUCAUGCUUACUUGGAUACUCUCGCUACUACUCAACAAUCGCCGCACUCUCAAACUAGCUAUAGAUGAACUAGAUGCGCAAGUGGGGAAACGUAGACAAGUAGAUGAGUCAGAUAUACAAAAUCUUGUAUACCUCCAAGCUAUAAUAAAAGAAACAUUGCGACUCUACCCGGCUGCAUUCUUAGGCGGUCCAAGAGCCUUUUCAGAAGAUUGCACCGUAGCCGGCUACCAUGUCCCAAAAGGCACUUGGUUAUUAAUCAACAUAUGGAAGCUCCACCGUGAUCCAAACAUAUGGUCGGACCCAAAUGAUUUUAAACCCGAGAGGUUUCUAACCCCAAACCAUAGGGAUGUGGAUGUUAAAGGGGCCGAUUUUGAGUUGAUCCCUUUUGGUGCUGGAAGAAGGUCUUGUCCUGGGAUAGGUUUCUCGCUUCAAAUGUUACCGAUAAUUUUAGCCACUUUGCUACAAAAUUUUGAGAUGUCGACUAUAAACGAUGAACCAGUUGAUAUGACCGCGAGCGUUGGGAUGACCAAUGCUAAGGCAACUCCACUUGAAGUCCUAGUUUCCCCACGCUUAUCACAAACAUAAAUGGAAGUUCGUAUUUUGGAUUAUUCGUGUGUGUAUCAUAUCUUUUCUUAUAAUAACUAUUGUAUCAGUGUAUCCAGUUCUAAUAUAUUUACUUUCUGUAAAAGUAUAUAUAGUGCAUAUAUAUAUGAAUAUGUUUGAUCUUUUCCAUCCA